AUGACAACGCUGCAUGCGGCAUUAUUUGUAACAGCUGUGCUGAAAGCGACGCCAAUAACUAAAGGGACUGGCCUUCACAACCAUGAGACCGGGCUCAACACUUCAUACGAUACGGCAACGUACUUGCAUAAAAUCGCUGACAAUGCAAAGAACACAAUUUCGAUCAAACUGAGCGAAUUAAAAGCGGCAACAGCACCGACAAACAAGCUAUUUUUACUAUCUGGGUCGCUCCGACAGCUACUCACAAUGGCAGCACAGCUGGUAGCGCAAAAGAUGCUGACUGACGUCCAGACGGCGGCGCAAGAAAUAGCGAACCAAAUCACUGAUAUCUUACAGGGGAUAGCUGCGGUGUCGCGACUGGCUGUAACGCAAGAAACAUUCGAAAGCCUCAACCACUUCACGGUAGCAGAUAAAAAUGUAAGAACAGCAAACACACCGAUAACAGGAAGUCACCUAAAAAUAGAUGUAACGCUAAGCGACCCGCAGCACUGA